AUGGCCUCAUUGCCCAAGAAACAACAGGAAGAUACACUACCACUCAGUAGCACACGCUCGACCAGGUUGCCAGCGGAGAAAAGGGUGCCAAGCUCAUCCAAACACUCAAAGAGGGACGAUUCAGAUUCUGAAAGUGGUAACCGUCACGGCAAUAAGUCCAAGCAGCCAGAAGAAAAGCGCUCUUCUAAAAUAAAUCUACCAAGUCUAUCGUUAUUGCGUGGUUCCUCCACCAAGGAAGAAAAAGAACUUCAAUUGAAAUUCGAAAGACUACAAGCAACAAGGCCAGAUGAUUUCGCCUGGGUGAAUGCUUAUCAACCUCUUAAGCUAUCAGAGAAGACGUUAUCCGAAAACAAGCAAGCCCUUGAGAACCUAGAGAAGAAAUUGAAGAGGAUCUCAGAAGAUAUUAUUGAUUUUCAGAACAUCAUAAUACCUACUUCUAGAGCAAAGCGCAACGCCGCGCAGAAGUUUUAUUAUGAAGUGCGGGACAAAGACGAUGAAGUAAUUCGACAACAGAAAGUUAUCUUGGACAAGUUUCCAGAUACCAAUCCUUACAAGAUAAAAGUUUUUAAAGAGGCGGAGAAGAACGCACUUAAGAUUGAAAAAAGUUAUAAGAAGGAGGAAAAGAAAAGGAAUACACAGGAGGCCAAAAAGAAAGAGGAUGAGAAAACAGCCACCGAUGCUCGUAGAAAGGCAGCACUCGAACUUGACAAGGGAGCCGAGAGAGCGGCGUAUGAUAAGAAAAGAAGGAACCCAGUGAUCUCAUAA